GUUGGUGACCGUUGUGCUCCCAUCCCGAAUAAAUCUCCAUCCUUCUCUUCUCCCCUCUUCUUCCCGAAGCACAAGCAGAGAAGCAUCGAAUCAGGCAAGCAAGCAACCUGUCUAGCUUGCUCACCCACCCAUUGCUGCCGGAAGGAAAGAAUCAAGGAGGAUUAUUCCUAGGCCCAGAGGCAAGGGCAAAAGCUACCGCCUUGUCGCUUUGGAGCCGCCGCUGCCGUCGCUGCCAGCCGGCGAGAUCGAUCGAUCCGUCCGUCGGAAGCAAGCAGCCGACGGGGAAGUCGACCGCCCAAGGCUGUCACGUUAUCUGAAGGGCAACUAUGGCUACAGUUGAUGACAUAGGCGUCGCUGCCACUUUCAACAUAGUGACUGCCAUUGCCUUCUUGCUGGCAUUUGCUUUUCUACGGUUACAGCCCAUCAAUGACAGGGUCUACUUUCCGAAAUGGUACCUCAGAGGCAUGCGGGAAAGCCCAUCUUCCGCCGGUGUGGCCGUCUCCAAGUAUGUUAACCUGAACAUGCGGUCGUACUUGAAAUUCUUAAGUUGGAUGCCGGCUGCUCUCAAGAUGCCUGAGGAUGAAUUAAUCGACCAUGCAGGCCUUGAUUCUGUUGUCUAUCUGCGGAUAUACCGAACAGGGCUGAAGAUAUUUGUUCCAAUUACAAUUCUUGCUUUUGCUGUUCUUGUCCCUGUGAACUGGACCAACGAAACGCUAGAAAGUAUGAAGGUAGUCCACAGUGGUAUUGACAAGCUUUCAAUAUCCAAUAUACCUAAUGGAUCUAAGAGGUUUAUGACUCACUUGGUUAUGGCCUAUGUAUUUACAUUUUGGACCUGCUAUGUACUCAUGAAGGAGUAUGAAAACGUCGCAACAAUGAGGUUGCGCUUUCUUGCUUCAGAGAAACGCCGACCAGAUCAGUUCACGGUUCUUGUGCGGAAUAUACCACCAGACCCUGAUGAAUCAGUUAGUGAGCUUGUGGAACAUUUCUUUCUUGUCAACCACCCUGAUCAUUAUCUGAGACACCAGGUAGUUUACAAUGCAAAUAAACUUGCCGAUCUGGUUGAAAAGAAGAAGAAAAUGCGGAAUUGGCUUGAUUACUACCAACUCAAGUCUGAGCGGAAAUCGAAAAGACCGACAACCAAGACCGGCUUUCUUGGGUGUUUUGGUUCUGAAGUUGAUGCUAUUGAUUACUACAAAUCAGAGAUCGAGAAGAUAGGAAAGGAAGAAGCUGAAGAGCGUAAAAAGGUUGUGAAGGACCCCAAGUCAAUUAUGCCAGCAGCCUUUGUUUCGUUUCGUUCACGGUGGGGUGCAGCAGUUUGUGCUCAGACACAACAAACCAGCAACCCAACUCUCUGGCUGACUGAAUGGGCUCCAGAACCUCGUGAUGUGUACUGGAAUAAUCUAUCUAUACCAUUUGUUUCCCUCACAGUUCGGAGGUUGAUAAUUGCCGUGGCCUUCUUCUUCCUCAACUUCUUUUAUGUCAUCCCAAUAGCAUUCGUACAGACUCUUGCAAAUCUUGAAGGCAUAGAGAAGGCACUUCCAUUUUUAAAACCUUUGAUUGAAACACCGUCCGUUAAAUCAUUCAUCCAAGGGUUUCUUCCUGGAAUUGCUUUGAAGAUCUUCCUUAUAGUGCUUCCAAGUAUACUGUUGUUGAUGUCGCAAUUCGAAGGAUUGAUUUCACAGUCGUCACUAGAGCGAAGAUCUGCAUCCAAGUAUUAUAUAUUCUUGUUCUUCAAUGUAUUUUUGGGGAGCAUCAUCACAGGAUCUGCUUUGGAGCAGCUUAAUACCUUCCUUCAUCAGUCAGCUAAUGACAUACCAAGGAUCAUCGGUGUAUCCAUACCGAUGAAGGCAACAUUUUUCAUAACAUAUGUAAUGGUUGAUGGUUGGACUGGUGUGGCCGGUGAAAUCUUGAGAUUAAAGGCUCUAAUAAUGUUCCACUUGAAAAACUCUUUCUUGGUGAAGACGGAAAAGGACAGAGAAGAGGCAAUGGAUCCUGGCAGUAUCUGUUUCUACUGGUCCGAGCCUCGGAUACAGCUAUAUUUCCUGCUUGGUCUUGUCUAUGCUUGCGUGACACCGCUCUUGCUCCCGUUCAUAUUGGUAUUCUUUGCGUUGGCGUAUGUUGUCUACCGCCACCAGAUCAUAAACGUCUACAAUCAACGGUACGAGAGCGGCGCACAGUUCUGGCCUAGCGUGCACCUACGCAUAAUCGUAGCCUUGAUCGUCUCCCAGCUCCUCCUCCUCGGGCUACUAAGCACAAAGGACUUUGAGGAGUCGACGCCAGCUCUCAUCGUUCUCCCCAUAUUAACCUUCUGGUUCCACAGGUACUGCAAGAACCGGUAUGAACCCGCCUUCGUGAGGAACCCACUACAGGAGGCGAUGCGGAAGGACACCCUGGAGCGGGCGAGGGAACCCAAUUUCGACCUCAAGGCGUACCUGGCGGAUGCGUACCUGCACCCCGUGUUCAAGAGUGACCUCGACGGCGUUGACAAGUUCUACGUCGCCGACGACCCCGGUGCGGAGGAGGUGAUCGUGGCGACCAAGCGGCAGUCGCGCCGGACCACGCCGGUGCAGAGCAAGCACGACGGCAGCUCCUCCGACAGGCUCUUGCUGCCGGAAUCCGUGCAGGAAAGGUAGCUGGCCUGUAUAAGCCGUAGGAGCGGUGUCCAUAUAUUGAUUUGUUCUUUAGGCUGUAGCAUAUGUACAGAGAGAGAGAGAGGAGAGGAAGUCGGGAGGAAUGGAUUGAACUUACGGCUGGGAUUAUCCGAUUGGAAUAUACAUCUGGUAAUGGAUCCAUGUUACACAAGAAAAUAGUUUGGUUUUCUUUUACUAGCGUUUGAUGUUUAUUAACGAAUACGAUCUAAAAGAUGCACAUUGCACACCGGGGAUUGAUUCAAUGGUUGUUUGCUUUAUUUA